AAAAGGGAAGAGACUUGAGAUUUCCUAAAUAGCGAUGGUGAUUAACCCUUAAUUCCCAUUUUGUUUUGGCGAGACAUGGUACAAACGAUUGUUUCCUUCAUAAGUGGAGAAGAUUUAUAAAGUGUGUUAAGUCGCUGAGCUGUUCUGUUCCUCAACUGAGAGAGGCUUCUUCUCCAUCGUAAAGUGAAACUAAGUGAAAAUAGCAAAGGAAUUUGAGGCGACAAUUAUAAAGCGGCAAAUAUGAAGCGACAACUUGUGAUCCUUACCGGCUCCCAUUCAGUUGAUUCAGAAGAUCGUCUGAACUUGACCAGCUGGGUGCUUGAUCACAGACAUGUUUUUCUCGGUAAACAGAUAAAGGUAAAGUUUUCGCGCUCCAAUCAAAGACAGUCAGUCUCGUGACGUCAUUUUCAUCUCGUCCUCCCUCCAAUGGGACCCUGGGAUAGUCUACAGCUGGUUUGAAAGGAGUUUGUGAUUUAGCCUAAAACCAGCUAUGUACCGUGAAUUCCCCUUCUUUAGCGGAAAAUCGUAUGAACGGUUGUUUUCAUCAUAAGUGGAGAAGAUUUUUAAAGAGUUUUGAGUCGCAAGUCCUCAAUUUAGAGAGACUUCCCCUCUUUCCUGCACUGAAUGCCAGCACGCACAGUUGAGAUAUCAAUGGCCAUGAGAAAGAGUGAUUUUGUCAAAAGAAAACGCAGUCCACAGAAGGAUGCAGAUGGCUCCAGCAGUAGUAGUAAUGAUGAGGAGGAAUUGAAGGCUGCAUUUUCAAGACCAAAGAGUUCCCCAAAAGGGAAGAAGUUCAGGGAAAGAACCAGUCCCUGUACAUCUGACUCUGAUGAAAAGGUUGUCAUGGGUGAAUCUUCUGAUAAGAACUCCAGCUUCGGAAAAGAUCAUGGUAAUAUGCAAGCAGCUACAAGUAAGGUUGAGGUUCAGCCAUCAUCUUUUAAGGAUGGUGAUGCAGAACCACUGAAUUCAAAGCAACAGGAAGAGCAAGCUGAGAAUAUACUGAAGACAGAGAAGUCCUGCUCUGAUAAGCAACUAGUGACAUCAAUUGAAAAUAAGAUGAACAUUUUAAACGCAAAAAAAGAUAAACCCAAGAAAAACAUGUAUUUGUUUGACUUUUUGGGAGAUGAAGUCAGCAGUGAUGAAUCACAGGCUCUCCAAGCUCUGAGUAACUAUUGGGUUACACAGAUUGCCAGAAACAAAGACAUAUUGAAAAGAGCCCCACCUAAAAACCAGCAGGAGGAAGACUUUUACAACAAGUACUGUGAUAAGGAAGGCAAGCUGUCUAUCACUGCUGCUACCCAUCUCAUGAGCCUUCCUUAUGUGAUCACAGUGUGCCUGAAAAACAAUGCCCAGAUUGAGGUGGUUGUCUCUAAUCGAGAGAAGGCCUUGCAGGAGUCUGAAGAGCUGCAACAGAGCUACUUUGAAGUGGUUGAAGCCAUGGCAAUGCACUUAAUGUAAGACCUCAAAACUAAAAGUAACAAGAGACCAAGGAGAGGUGAAAUUUGUAAUUUCACUCUUGGUGCAAGGGUAAACUACUUUUUUUGGUAACAAUAGGUUAAAGUUUAUGAAGUAAUAUUCGUUAGUCAAUGUCCUAUGACUUAAAAAAAAUGUUUGAGAAACCUUUGAUAUGAUGUUGCAACAUGUGCAUAGUGUGGUAACAAUAGGUUAAAGUUUAUGAAGUAAUAUUCGUUAGUUAAUGUCCUAUGACUUAAAAAAAAUGUUCAAGAAACCUUUGAUAUGAUGUUUAGGCAUGUGCAUAGUAUAGACUUUUAGUAAAUCAAGUUUACAAAGCGUGAAAACAUUACGUAAAGAUGUGAAUGGUGUUUGUUUUAGGCAUACACUGAUUUAAUUUGGAAUUAGUUGCUUUUUGUACUUUUUUUUACUUACAAUGUGAGAUACAUGUACCAAAGCAUCACGUAACAGAAAGAUGAACUGCAGGAUGUUGGGGUUGUACAAGAAGACUGAAGUGAUUUGAUGCUAGAUAUUGAUUAUAAAUAAUGAAUUUAAAAGAUGAUGAAUUAAAGGUGAAAACAUAUAUUAGUGA